UAUAUGCUGGCAAUACGUUACAUUACACAAUCCCAUAUCAGUGACCUCCAACUACUAGCUGUGAGGACUUUGAACAUACACAACUCUACUAAAUCACAGAGGAGUUUCAAUAAACCAGCCAGAGACAGGCUUCUGAAGGAAGCAGAUUCAGGGUGCUGGACUCAGUGAGCUGUAGACACAGAGGAAAAGAGAACAAUGUGGAAACCAGCAGUGUUUGUGCUCCUGCUACUGAACAUGGCCAUGCAGGUAAAUGCUGCUGUAGAUAAGAAGAGGGGGUCUCUGGCAGAAACCUCCAGGCCAGAGAAGAAGGUGGAGACAGAAGAGGCUGAAGACACUGGCACUGAUCCUGCAAGUGACACCGGCUCUCCAACUUUCUUGGGUAACUUGCUGGUGAUUCCCAUGGAUGGGAGUCACUGGGUGGGCCUAAAGGCUAUUGCCCAAGAAGUGGGUCGCCGUGGCCACCGGGUCACCGUAGUGAUGCCAGAGGUCUCCAUGCGGAUGGCCCCGGGAAAACACUACGACACUGUGACCUAUCCUGUUCCUUAUGACAAGGCUUAUAUUGACUCUGUGAUGUCCAUGUAUAAAGAGGUAAUGAAAACAUCUGGACGGUCUUUCAUGGAGAGGAUAAAGGCACAAUUCUCACACAUCCAGACAAUUAUGGCUUUGAUCCACACCACUGCAGAGAGCCUACUGUUCAAUGCCAGUCUCAUCUCACAUCUGGCACAGCAGGGAUUUGAUGCCAUCUUGACAGACCCCGUGGUGCCCUCAGGUUCAUUAAUAGCUCGGAAAUUAGGUAUCCCCACUGUUAAUCUGCUGAGGGGAAUCCCAUGUUCUUUGGAUAUGCGCUCUGCAGGCUGCCCCUCCCCGCCCUCAUAUGUGCCUCGCUUUUUCACUGGAUACACAGAUCAAAUGAGCUUCAAAGAGAGAGUUGUCAACACUUUGGUGAGCACUUAUAGCCAGAUGUGCAUGGGCAGCUAUAUGUAUACUUGCCAGUUGAUGGUUCAUGAGAUGCACCUUCGUUAG